AGCCACCUCCAUCUCCCUCUCCUGGACCAGUGCUGGCUCAGAGGGAGUCAUGUAUGAGGUGGAGUGGCAGAGAGACACCUCAGUGGGCUGUACUGAUGAGGACACAGGCAGUACCACUAUCACUGGAGGUUCCAUGACUAGCUACACCAUCACUGGACUAGAGGAAGACAGUAGGUAUGCAGUCACUGUGAAUGCCUCCAAUUCCCUCGGAGAUGAAACAAGUAACCAUAUCACUGCAAUGACAAUGGUGGCUGCUCCACUGAACACCUCCAAUGUGACUGUGACUAGUACAACUCUUCUUCACCAUCACUGUCCAGUGGGGGGAGGUGCCAUGUAUCCAUCAGAAUGGAGCCAUCACAGGCUACUCAGUCCAGUAUGGAGUGAUGGGGAGUGGGAACACACAGAUGUUGACUGUUAAUGGAGCUGAUAUGACUCAGACGACUAUUGAAAACCUCAUGUCAUCCACUACUUACUCUAUUGAAGUGGCAGCAGUCAACAGUGCUGGUACUGGAGUGUACAGCGAUGCAAUUAUUAAGGAGACAGAAGGUAUAUAAGAGGCCUAGCUAACAGUGUAGUGUGUAUUGAAUGUGAGUGUUAAUUCUCUGUUUCCUAGAAAUCAAACUG